AUGGACGUAUUUCUGUGUUUGGGGUUCUUUAUACUUUUGGGCAAUGCUGUUAUAGCUCAUAAAAUUGUAUUAGACUACACCAAUUGCAUAUCGAAAAAUCAUGCAAUUUUCAUAAAUGGUAUUGAAAAUUCAGUUAAAUCUUCAGACCCUCUAGAAGUAGAUAUAAUCCAUCUAGAUCUACCUGGAUUUGAAUAUAUUCUUAAGAAUGCAAAGCUCACUGGAUUGAAAGACUGUGCUGUAACGAAAUUAAGAAUAAACAAGGAAGAAUUAACAUUUGAAUACAACUUGGAGUGUAAGAAAAUAGAAGCAAAUGGACAAUAUAAACUGAAAGGUCGCUUCGGUGAUACUUAUGUUGAAGGAGAGGGUAAUGUAACGGUUACAACUGGACUUUACAUAAUCAAGUUCCGCGGAAACAGCGAGAAAAUUGUUCAUGAUGACAAAAUGGUUUACUCUCAUAUUAAAAACUUCCAACUUGACUUUGAUGCCAAGGAAAAUUUGAAAUUUAAUUUUACAAACUUGUAUGGUGGUGACAAAAAGAAAUCCGAUGCAUUCCACAAGCUUAUAAAUGAAAACUGGAGGUUCACAGACAAAGAAUUACGCUCAGCAGUAUUGACUAAGUUCAUGGAUGUAUUUAUAGAUCAUCUUAAUGAUUACUUAAAAGUUUGGCCGAUCGCAAAAGUAUUUCCGACUAAAUGUGUUCAAAAGUAA